AUGGGUGGUGGCUGCGACUUCCCCCAGCAUCCCUCGCAAACAAGCUAUGCGUCCGACGAUCUCUACGUCGAGCUCCAAGACACUCCACAGUAUUUGCAGGCAGUAGUUGAUAUGGGAAGCAAUGGCAUAAGGUUCUCAAUAUCAGAUCUUACCCCACCUACAACUCGCAUUAUUCCUACCCUCCACGUUCACCGUCUCGACAUAAGCCUAUACGAAGCCCAAUUUGAUCAUUUGACGGGUGCUCGUGUGCCGAUUCCUGACCCCGUCAUAAAGGAUGUCGUUGCCGGACUUCUCCGCUUCCAAAUUAUCUGCGCAGACUUCGGCGUCCCAAGCUCCUGCAUUCGCAUCAUAGCCACCGAAGCCACACAAACAGCUAUCAACUGCGACGAAUUUCUCAAGACGAUUCGUAAAGCAACUGGCUUAUCUGUCGAACUUUUGACGAAGGAAGAUGAGGGCAAGAUAGGUGCGUUCGGCAUUGCAAGCAGUUUCUCGGAAAUGGAAGGGAUUGCCAUGGACCUUGGAGGCGGGAGUAUGCAGAUUACGUGGAUUGUGUCACAUUCAGGGGUCAUCAAAAUGAGUCCCAAAGGCGCGUUCAGCUUUCCAUACGGGGCAGCGGCUUUGACGCAGAAGCUGGACGAAUUGACAAAAGGAAAGAAUCACAAUGAGGCGAAGAGAGCGAUGGAGAGACUGCGUGAGGAGAUGAAGUCGAACUUCCUCCACGCCUACAUCGGCCUUGAAGUUCCGAGCGACAUGGUCAAAAGAGCGAAGCAUCAAGGCGGUUUCAAGUUGUAUCUUUCUGGUGGCGGUUUCCGCGGGUGGGGGUACCUCCUGUUGUACCAGAACCAGCCGGGAAAACGCCACUAUCCAAUCUCCAUCAUCAAUGUCUUCACGGUUCCAAACUCGGAAUUCUCGGAUACGGAAAAGCUGGAACAAGUCGCGCACACCGCACAAAAGAUUUUCAGGGUUUCGGACCGUCGGCGUAAGCAAGUUCCCGCCGUAGCGUUCUUGGUCAACGUCCUCGCGAAUGCAUUGCCACAUGGAAUAAGAGAAGCUCAUUUCUGUCAAGGAGGUAAUCCACUUGCUAUGGCUACCACUCCGUAUGCGAAAGCUUCAGCACCAAAAAUAGCUGAGCUUCUCCUUAAUGCUAUACCAAAGUAUAGUGGAUCACAUUCCAAACAGUACUCAGAUUUGGUCAGUGGAUCAUCAUCCACGUCUGCUCUUUACAGCACUAGUACCGGAUUACUGUCUUCCACGCACGGUGUAUCUCACUCUAGCCGCGCUCUGCUUGCACUGAUUCUCGAGGAAAGCUAUGGGGGCGAGCUUCUGCCACGCGAGACAAGGUUCAAAGCUUAUCUGCGCGAUAUUCUUGAGGCCAAGGAUGUAUGGUGGACAUGCUAUAUCGGUAAAGUGGCGCUCUUGGUUCGCCGACUCUAUCCUUCCGGCUUUGUCGGUGAGACGAAGCCCAGGGUUCGAUUGUUAGCUCGGUGGACAAUGGACUCUUGUGGUGGAAGCGGUACUAACGGGAUUCAGCUGGUGUUCCUUAUUCAAAAGAAAACAAAUGAUCCAUUGAAGUUAAAGGAGACCAUUCAAGAUCAUUUACGUGUAAUCGAGAAGGUUGGAAAACCAAAAAACUUGGUCGGAGGAAGGGAUGGGUGGGGACUGGUAGUGGAGGCAUCAGUACGAGAGGUUGACAUUAUGGAGUAG